CCUCGGAGGAUCUGCAGUUAGCUUCUUCCUCACUUCUGAGAACGAGUUCUCUCCGCCACUUCCUCCUAUAGCCCCGCCCAGCUCGGCACGUAAUACUCGCGGCGGUUGCUAGGAGACGAGUAAACGCUACUCCAAUCGGCGGAAUCUGCCUGGUCGGGGGAAGAGCAGGUGAGCACCAUGGAGAUUGUCUACGUUUACGUGAAGAAGCGCAGCGAGUUUGGUCGACAGUGCAGUUUUUCUGACCGGAUGGCGGAGGUCAAUGUGGACAUUCAGCCAGAUCCAGUGUUGACUAUGAAUUUUAUUGAAAGAGACCCCAUUGAUACUGGAGUACAAUGUGCCAGUGACAUGUCAGAGCAUGAGGUUAACACUGAAAGGUUUGAAAUGGAAACUCGAGGCAUCAACCACAUCGAAGGUGGCUGGCCUAAAGAUGUCAAUCCCUUGGAAAUGGAACAGACCAUUCGCUUCCGCAAGAAAGUUGAGAAGGAUGAAAACUACAUCAAUGUGAUCACUCAGCUUGGCAGUUUGAUGGAUCACUGCAUCAAACAGAAUAAUGCCAUCAAUAUCUACGAGGAAUACUUUGAGGAAGAGGAGACGACAGGGGUUACCGAUGAACCUCCAUCAGCAAAAACUAUCAACGUCUUCAGGGACCCAAACCCAAUCAAAAGAACAGCCACACAUCUGUCCUGGCAUCCUGAUAGAAGUCAGAAGCUGGCAGUAUCUUAUUCCAGCCUAGAAUUCCAGCGGAGUUCAAAAGACAUGAGCUAUGAUUCAUACAUAUGGGAUCUUGAAACCCCCAACAAACCAGAACUUGUUAUCCGGCCAUCCUCACCUCUGGUGUGUUUAGAAUAUAACCCAAAAGACUCGCAUAUCCUGAUUGGUGGAUGCUACAAUGGACAGAUAGCUUACUGGGACACCCGAAAAGGAGGACUGCCGGUGGAACUGACCACAGUCGAGCUUGGCCACCGGGAUCCUGUGUAUAAUGUGAUCUGGCUACAGUCAAAAACUGGAACUGAUUGCUUCUCUGGCUCCACUGAUGGGCAGGUCCUGUGGUGGGACAUUCGUAAACUAUCCGAGCCCACCGAGACACUGGUGAUGGACGUCAGCAGGAAAGGAAUCUUGGAAAAUGCUUUAGGAGCCAUUGCCCUGGAAUUUGAGCCAACCAUGCCAACCAAGUUCAUGGUGGGAACAGAGCAAGGGAUGGUGAUUUCCUGUAACCGCAAAGCCAAGACUCCUGCUGAAAAAAUUGUCUGCACGUUCAGUGGACACCAUGGCCCCAUCUAUUCCCUGUCGAGGAAUCCUUUCUACCCCAAGAACUUUUUGACAGUUGGGGACUGGACUGCGCGCAUCUGGUCAGAAGAAAGCAAAGAAUCAUCAAUCAUGUGGACUAAAUACCAUAUGGCUUACCUCACAGAUGGGUGUUGGAGCACUACUCGGCCAGCCGUCUUCUUCACCACCAAGAUGGAUGGGACUCUUGACGUCUGGGACUUCCUCUUCAAACAGAACAACCCUACACUCAACCUGAAGGUCUGUGAUGACCCUCUCUUCAGUCUGCGCUUACAGGACAAUGGACGUUUUAUUGGUUGUGGCUCCAAACUAGGUACAGUGACACUACUGGAAGUUUCCUCUGGCCUAUGCACCUUGCAACGGAAUGAGAAGAACUUGGCUUCAGCAAUGUUUGAGCGGGAAACGAAACGAGAGAAGAUACUGGAGGCCCGGCACCGUGAAAUGCGGCUCAAGGAGCGAACCAAGACAGAGAGCAAAGAGGACGAGGUCAAAGCUGACAUAGAGGAGGAGAAACCCGAGGAGAUCCUGGCCCGAGUAGAGAAGGAGUUCUUUGAAGUAAUUGAAGGAGAGCUCAAGCGCAGGGAGCGUGCUCAAGCCAAGCUCAGAACCACUGUUGGCCAGGAGCGGGAGUUUGAAGAUGAUGAUGAGGAAACAAACCUUCCUAAGGAGGAAGAGGAGGAAGAAUGAAUGCUGAACUCUGAAAUUCCUGCAUGGAAAUUAUUUGUCCUCUUUUUUGGAUUUUGUUCUCUCUUUUUAUCCUUCUUUUUUUUACACAGACUGCAUCAAUA